UUUGCCUUUAUAUAUUCUACUAUCUAUCCAAUUUUUUUUUCCAUCUUUUAUCCUAUUUGUUCUUGAUUCUGCCUGCCUGCCUACCUGUCUGUCUGUUUGUAUAGUUGUUUGUUUGUCUAUUUGUUUGUUUUCUUGCUUUGACGUUUGAUGAACUCGAGUUUAUUAGUAUAUUUAUUUUAUUGCACAUACACUAAAGAAGUGAAUAAAUAAAUAUAUAAAUAAAUAAAAGAAAUAAAAUGGGUCAAGCUCGUAGUAAGCCUCAUGGUUCCUUGACAUUCGGUCAUCUCUCAAACACAGUAACCAUUCCUCCAUCUCGACACGACAGCCAAGACAAUGACCUCCUUUUACGACAUCCUUCUUUGUACGGUCUGUCUCGCCCAAACCAAGCCGUGCACCCGAGUCAUCCGGACCUAGCAAUCUGUACCCAAACGCAUACACAAGCGCAUACGCAAACCCAAACCCAAACCCAAAAACUCACACCAACACAAACACGUUUUGAAAGAGCGGAUUCGGGAUACCUUGGAAGUAAACCCUCUGACGACCUUGUAGCCGACCUUGCAUACAUAGAUCAAACUUAUUAUGGCCGCACGACUCAGCUUCCGAGAAAGGUCACUCGGCCUAUUCCAUUGAUUGCCCUGAGUUUUGCUGAAGUAUCCAAGGUGUCUCUACACCAGACAAUGAAGAUUAUUCAACUCUCUAGUCGCACGUUGACACGCCUGAACUCAAACAUCGGGUUACUCACAACGAUGCGUAAGUUGGAUUUAUCCUACAAUCAACUUACUGAACUGCCAGAAGAAAUCGGCUAUCUUCAGCAGCUAGAGUGGCUGUCAGUGGCCAGUAAUCGGCUCACACAUCUGCCAGUGACGAUUGCUUACCUUGGUAGUUUAGCUGAACUUGAUCUCUCCGAGAACCGACUCGAAUAUCUACCCGCCAGUAUUGGUUAUUUAAAGAAACUUCAGAUGCUUUUAUUGUCCACAAAUUGCCUCCGUUCGCUGCCAGUCGAGAUGGCGGGUCUGAUUGGCUUGUCGACACUCGAUCUAUCCUACAAUCCUUUGGAUGUUCUGCCUGCAGAAAUCAUCUGCCUGCAGUAUCUGCGUCGACUCAAGCUGGAUGAGUGUCCACUCCUGAGUCUGGCUGACGUUGCCCUUGCGCACAAUCCACCCAGCCUCAAGGAGACCUGUGCCAGGAUUGCACUCCGCCACCAUCUGCACACACACCCCUUGUCUGAUAUUCUGCUAAAGUACCUCGCGUCUUCCAAGGCGUGCAGCUGCUGCGGAGGACCAUACUGGGACACAUUUGUUGUACGAAAACGUCUGAUCGAACGCAACGAACGGUCGGUUCCUCUUGAGUACAGACUAUGUUGUGCUCACUGGACAACUGAAACCGAUCGGAUCCUACAAAUGUUUGGCCCCCUCCCCAGUUCAUCUUGUCUGCCUCCUCAGCCCACUCUCCCACCCCUCUUACCAUUCCCCCAUUCCAACCAACGCCCUUGUCGGCCUUGUAACACUGAUGCCGUUGAAGAAGAGGAAUCCAAAAAGAGGUCGUGGCGAUCACAGCACAAGAAAGUCAUGAACAGGAACCACUCUGGCUUUCUUAAUCUAUCCAAACUCAAACGUGCAUCUUCCAGAAACGACAAACUGCCUUAAAAAAAGAAUAAUCUAUAUACACACACAAACAAAUUGUACGACACCAAAUUGCCACUACAGCUUUUUAUAUCCUAUUUUAUUUUUACAAGCGUUUUUAUAUAUAUUUAUAUAUAUAUUGCACGUCCUCUCCUUUUUUCUUUUCUCUUAUAUAUUCAUAUUCCUAUUAUUCCUAUUAUUCCUAUUAAUAUUAAUAUUAUAAUCAUAAUUAUUAUCAUUGUUUUGUAAUAUGAGCACAAGGCCUUUUCUAUAGCUUAGAUACCUUGUAUCUUGCUAAAUACAAAGUAUACACUACCUAAUAUUCAUUAAAAUUAAAAUUGAUAUUUUAUUACUGCUACUGCUACUGCUACUGCUAUUAGUAUUACU